AUGGGAUCCGGGAACAUCGGAGGGGAGUUUUGGCUGGGCCUUGACGCUCUGCACUUACUGACCUCCGCAGCCAAACAAGAGCUGCGGAUCGACCUUGCAGACUGGGAAGGAAAUCAUCGAUAUGCCAAGUACGGUUGCUUCCACGUCUACGGACCGGAAAAUUAUCGUGUCAAAUUUGGAAGUCACCGCGGGGGCUGGUGGUACUCGUCGUGUCAUUACUACUCCAGCCUCAACGGCUAUCAGUACAAGGGCAAGACCAUCACCAAGGGUGACGGCAUCAACUGGGAAGACUGGAGGGGCUUCCACUAUUCCCUCCGGGACUCAGCCAUGAUGAUCCGGCCCCUGCCGUAUCGUGGGUCGUCGCGACGCCCCCGCCAUGACUGA